UUGGAAGAGGAGAACGAUGGCGAGGAAGAUGAAACUGUGUCUGAAAGCGACCGGGAAAGUGAACAUAGUGAUCAUUGUACUGACACGGAGCAAUCAGCGGCAGAAUCUGACAAGGAUGAGCCAUCAACCUGUCGCGUAUCACCUGUGCCUACUCAGGAGUCAUUACGGCGUGGUCGUGGAGCUGGAGCCGCACUAAUACAAAAUACGCAAUCUAUCACACGUAGUUCUACUGUAACGCAAGUAAGUCGAAGUCCAUCCCUAGUCAGCACGUCCCAGAGACCUUCGAGGCGUAUACAACGUCAAUGCACAAUAACACAAAGAUUUUGCCAUGGCUAUGAUUAG